CUUCUCGCAUUCAUAUACGCCACAUACCGCAACUGGACAGCAUAUUGCCUACUUCUCUCACCGUCGACCCAACAGUCUGGUCAACUCCACUGUCUGCCAUACAAUACCGUCUCCAAAAACUACGCCUCUCUUCCAACAAUGGACCAUCUCUGCCCAAGACAGUCCUUUCCAUUGGCACCAUGCCUUUCCUGCCUUUCGAAAACACCUGUAUCGAGUCCGAGAUCGAGGGACAUGACCGACUACUUCCCAUCACCACCAACUCGCUCGACACUACCACCAACACCAUCAUCUCAACCCAACACUCGCCUCGACACGACCACAAAGCAACGAACCGCAUGGCCUAAGUCGAAGGCUCCUCGCUACACCAACACUACCCCAACGAGCUCAAGAACCAGAGUCUCUGCCCGUGAACGAUCCGCCUUUUUGGCCUUCAGGUUUCCUCGCCUGUCACAGAGCAGCACGCCGAGAAGAGACUCGCAGACGUUGCCUUGGAUGAUGCCGACGCCUCUUGCUUCCGACUGAGCACGACUCGAGAUACUAGCGACAAUUAUCCGACGCCGCAUAGCAUUGCUAUCACGGCUACAACCACCCGGCAUGGCUUGAAGAGCUUCCCUAUGCGUACCCGCAGCCACAGCUGGACUGCACGGCCGCGGAACGCAAGCGCAGUCACCAACGCUUGAGCAGCUAUUACUCAAACGCAGUGUAUCAACGAGAGGAUAGAGAGCGAGCCAUCUCAAAGUUUGCAGUCGAGACUUGAUCAGAAAGUUUGUCACUUUGUUCUUUGCGAGCGGCAUUUUUGCGGCAUUUUCUUUGUUCGGAGCAGGCGAAGUCGGGAGGCGAAAGAGCGGCCAGCGAGGCAUUUUUGAAGAGAUACCCAGCAUUGCAGCUCAUACGCCUGUAUUAUUGUAACAGUACCAUGUAAUUCUGUUAUAUACCAUAUCUGUACCUUUGACAAC